CGUCAAUACAUUUGUUACAAAAUCGCGUCCCAAGUAAAAUCAAGUUUUUAAAAAUCCGAUGUAAAAUAAAUUGAAAAUACAUUAGGUGUAAUCAUUUUUCUCAUUUCUCACACAUAAUUUUUAAUAAUUCACGACUGAAAUACUAUAGAUGACUUGAAGUAAAUAUAUGAUACACUAUUCGAUUUUAAUUUUUAUUUUAUUUUCUCAUCAGAGGCUUAUUGAUAAAAUAGCUGUUUUAAAUCACUUUACGUGUGACGUGGCGUAGAUAUUUACUCACAAAUCGGAUGUUAAUUAUGUGAAAUGUGAUGUUAAAUUAGUUAUUUGAGUGAUGGAUGAAAGCACAAAUUCCCCUUGUAAGGAUUGCAAUGAAGGUGUUGAGGUACAGUUGCAAAAGGAUUUGGAGCACCUGAGGCAACACCUCGCUGAAAAGGAUGCUCAUUUUGUAGCUCUAGAGGCGGAGUACUUCAAGUGCAACGCAAGGGCUACAGAUCUAGAUGAGCAGGUCAAUACUUGGAGGGAAAAGUAUGAAAGGUUAUAUGAUUCCCACAAAAGAGUUCAGAAACUGAAUCAAGUGUUAGAAGAUAAACUGCUGCAGAUGGUGGACAAGAUGAAGGGUGAAAAGAGCCAGCUGACCAAGGACAUAGCCACUUUGUCUGUGCGCUUGGCCGAGUCAAAGCAUAACUACAGUAUGCUGCAGAAAGAAAAUGAAAGAUAUAAAAACGACAUGAACCUUGCAAUUCAAUUGUUGCAAUGCAAGCCUGACAAUUUUGUAUCUCAAAAGUUGGACAAUCUCCCUGUAGAUACACAGGCGCGAGUAUCUCAAUACGUCAUGUCGAAAACACCAAAGACUGCCAGUUCAGCGGCUUCAAAGACCGGUAAUGAUAUUGAUACUUUUGACGCGAGCGAAUAUGAGUUUAAUAUUUCCGCAUCUCUUAUGUCGAAAAUACUCGAAGAUAGUAUUCAAGAUACAGUCACCAAGCAUUGUGAUACGUGUACAUGCUCCAAAUCUCAGAGCAAACCGUUUUGCUACAAUGAAAGUUAUUAUACUGUUUCCACUCAGACACAACUUAGUGGGGAAAUGAAGAAUUCUCUGUGUCUCAAUUGCAAUACAGAGAUUAAGUCUUUGAACUCGGGACUGAGCGUGAGGAGUGUAUCGCCUCAUGCUAUCAAGGUUAUCAAUGAAAAAAUCAACAAUCACAGCCCAAGUCCAAUGUUCAUAGUUCCACAAACGUUGCCAGUGGAGGCUAAAGAAAAUGUGCCGUUAAUUGAAGUGGCUAAACCAAGCACUAUAGUUGAAGAUCCGUCGAAUGAAAAGAUUGCGCCGGAAGUAAACACGCAUGAAACCAACAUGAACAUACAAAAAGAGGCUUUUACAAAACCUGAUGAAAUAAAAAGGAAGGAUAUGAGUAUGGAACCUACUAUUCAUCAUAAAUUAUGCGACAGGACAAAGACUUCUAUCUCUAGUAAAAAAAGCAGUAUUCAUAGUGUAGGUAAUGAUGAUCUACUAAUCAAAGACAUUCCAAACACGAAAGAGAUUAAAGUUAAAAACCAAAGUCCUUAUACAGAUUCAUUACACAUAAGAAAGCAUUCUCAUAGUUCCUUGGGCAAUGGUAGCCGAACUUCGUCCGUAGCUAAAUCAACUGUGAGCACGCAUAAAUCUACCAAUCAAGUAGGACCCGGGCCGCGAUUCUGCCAUUUACGUAUGCAAGCUGGCUCCAAAAAUAUUUUGCUUGACAACGCGGAACCAGAUGUUCCACCGGUUUUGUAUCGACGACAAAGUAGAUGUAACGAAAAUUCUAUAUUCAAAGACCUUAAUGAUGGCAUGGACAAUUUUAUAGAUUUGGAAAAACAAGACGACGAUGCUAAAGUUAACAGCAACAGCAACAAUGAGACAAUAGUUGUUGAAAGUACACUGAUAGAUGUUCAUGUUGAUAAUAACAACAAGGAUUCAAAUUCCAGCAAUAAAAGUAAUUCCAUAAAUCCGAUACUUUUGAAUGUUGUAUCUUCGGCACCAUUACAGCCAUUGAAGACACAUAAUUUUGCUACUAAUAAUGAACAGCAUAUAAACAAUAAUGAACAGAGCAUUACAAGUCAACAGAAUUCAUGCGAAAUAGACAAUUUGUUGAGCGAUUUUACUGUUGAAAACGCGGUUCCGCAAAAAGAUCUCUCUCCAACUCCCAUUGAUGAAAAUCCUAAAAAGGUUGAAGUUACCACCCCUACCGAUAACCAUGAUGUGAAAAUAUUUAAUUUCGACCGUUACGAACAAAACAAAGUAGCUACUCAAUAUGCAAGACCUCUUAAGAAGAUAGAUAUGUCACAGUUUCACACUUUGGAAAACACAAAGAUUUCCAAAGAUGCUCCUCCUCAAGGUGUAUUACCCAACAAGUAUAAUAAGAAAAUAGAUCCAGCUUUCAAGCCCACAACACCGAACAUAGUGAAUGUCUAUCCAAACUUGACACAAACACAUUUAAAAGUUAACGAAACUACUAAGAUGUUUACAAAUGAACAGAGUACAAGCUCACUAUCAAGUGACGACAGCGCUGCGAUGUUACAAAAGCAACAAUUGUUACGCGUCGCCGAAUGGGUCGAAAAGAAUUUGGAACAACAGAAUAAUUUGAAUGAUCCUUUGGAAGACGAAUGCAGUUUCGCAAACCGAGCAUUGCGACGAGACAACAAAAUAAACAGGCUCACUGAAACAUUAAAUGAACUGGCUCUUAACAUGCCACAUCCUGUCAGUAAAUACUCUAAAGCUUACAACCGCGACGCCCGUAACAAUUGGAUACAGAAUUCCAUUGCAACUCACGCUAAUCCAGAGAAAGCAGCUAAACAUUCAGCCAAUAUAAAACUCAUGAACAACGUCGGAACAAUGGAAACUAUUUUUCCAGUAGAAAGUGGUGACGCAACUGUGACGGAAAUAAACGAUAAUACAAAAAGCCCAACUAGUAGUGAAUUUGAUCCAAACAAAGAAUUAAGAGAGGCUCUUAAAGCGAAAGGAGAUAAAGAUAUAUCGCCGGAAGAUUUGGCACGAAUGGAAUACAAUGUCAAGCAAUUUUUAUUGAGCGGCCCGUAUUGGGUCAACCCGAAUUCGGUUGGUAGAAGCCGACGCACAAGCAGCAAAACUGAGACUGAUGUAUAAUUCCACACGUAGUUGUCUAAAUAGAUAACAUUCCAAAUUAAUUCAGAACAGUGUUCAUAAUUUAUUUAUACAUACGCUUAAAUACGGCUUCUAAUUUAUAUAGAGUUUUCAUCGCUAAUAUGCUUUUGCAGGACGUACCUUAGAUAUUAAUUGAAAUAUUGUGAUGUGUGUAGAAGCUUUAUUGUAUAAUUUAAUUAUUGUUUUUCAAAGUAUUGUCAACCCUUUCCGAAAAAUUUGUUUUAUAUUAAUGUUUGUGCUCCUAGUCUGUAUUGAUAAGUAUUUUUAGAUAGAAUUAUUAUAUAGUAUAAUGAUUGUGAUUAUAGCUUAAUGACUUGUGUUAGUAUCACAAUUAAGUGUCUAUCUUAUUACUAUCACGGUGCAGGGUAGAAUCUAAAUACUUAGAAAUAAUUUCCAUAUUCUGAUGAAAAAGUUUAUCAAUAAAAACAGUUUUAUGAAGCCCGAAAUAUAUUUAAAUUAUUAAAAAUAAAUUUAAAUUUAUAAAUAAUUUAUAUGAAAAUCAAUUUUAACCAAGGAAUUAUAAAUUUCUUCUCUUCCGUAACAGCAAAGAUCUUUUGUAAGGAUCCAUUCAGAUCCUAAUCCAAAGAUUCUUAUCUCAUUGAAUCUUUUAUAAUAUUAUUAUAGUUAGUUUUCUCUACUUAUUUAGAUUUUACCGUGUGCUCACAAAUGAGAAUGCAGAAUACUGCAUUAUUAACAAAUUAUUAUAUCUCGGGCAAAUUUAUACAAAUGUAAUCUCUAUAGCAAAUGCACAUUCCUUGUUAAUAUAUUAUUGUAUAAACCAAUGUAUGCAAUAUAAUAAGACUUGGCUAAAUAAUAUACUGUAAUUUCCAUGUCAUAAAGUAAAUGGAGCUGCCAUAAUGAAAUUCUAAUAUAUUCUAGCAUCACAACUAUUUAUAAUUUGGACAUAAACAAGUUUCUAAAAUAUGUGAUAAAUUAAAUUAGUACACAAUGUACAAAAUUAUAGCACCACUAUUUUGUAAUGAUGGUUAAGGUGAAAAAUUAAUAUCUCUUUGAUUAAAUAAUAAAAAUUUUAUAUUCCUUUUUGGAAUAUUAAUGAAUUUUUUUUUCACAGAUUUAUAGAAAUUUUUUUUAGAAUUAAAAGGAAACUACUUAUAAGAAAAAGAAAUAUAAAAAAAAUGGUUUGGUUUAGACAAUCUAAUUUAACAUAUAUUUCCAAUACAAUAAACAUUUAAUCAAAGGGAUGUUUAAUUUUUCAGAAUUAGCGCUUUCCAUAUAGGAGAAAUAUUUUUAAAUUGCAAGACAAAACUGCUUUCGUUAGAUUGUACACAGUACGAUUCACUUGCCAGUGCCUGAGGUGAUGGAAGUAUAUUUUAUCACAUUAGUCACAUUCUUAGAUGAAAUUAUCCUUUGAAAUAUUGCCUUCACACUUGCAUAUUCAUUAUUAUAUAAGUAUCCGGGUGCUACUUUUAUGUGCGUGUUAAUCUUACAUACAAGGAAAUAAGGUGAUAAUUCUUAAAUUAUCUAUGACCCUUUCCUUUUGUACUCGUUUCUUGUUUUUUCUAUAUUCUUAACAUAUAAGUUUCUCGUUAGUUUUCGUACUAUUCAAUAAUUAGGUCAUAAUUCUGACGAAUUCAGGAAUAUCAAUAUGAGAAAAAGAUACUUCCAUCAGCUCGAAUGCGUUGCUUUAGAAGUGAAUCGUACAUGGCUUGUUCGUAUUUAACCGCAACUUUGCAUCUACUAAAGUCCACAUCGAUUCCGUCGAUAAAACAUUAUUGGGAAUAGCUAUAUACACAAUUAUUUACGCUUUCUGCUUACCUGACAGACAGCUGAUUCAAUAUUUUAAUACUUGUAGUGUUAUUUAAUGGGUGUUUUAAAAAUACUUUAACUGUAUAAUUGAAUGGAUUUAUAUUUUUUAAAUAGCGUAGUUAGGGUAAUGAGAGAUUAGGAUGGAAUGUGGAAAUUUUGCUAUUUUUCGUGUGUAAUUUAUAUUAAAUAGCACAAUUUUUGAGAAAAUAUUAGCCUCCGACUAUUAUUCCAAAAAUGACAUUUAUUUAUUUGUUUUUAUUUUGAUAUUUAUGGUGUGAUUUAACGAUGUUUUUUUAUGAUUUUUUAUUAUUGUUUUAUCAACGAAUUUAAUUACUUUAUUAGGGUUGUAUAGGAAAAUGAGGUUGUACUAUGAGGCACAAAGUACUUGGCAGAAUCUGGAUGAGAUAUGUUAUGAUCUGUAAUUGUGUAUGAUUAUCUAAACGACUUUUAUAUUAAUUUAAACCAUAACUGAAUGAAAUUUGUUAGCACUGAAUGGAAAAGAUUUUUUGACGUGAAAAAGUGAUUGUUUAUUAUUCUCGAUUUUAUUUCUAUGUGGUAAAGAAUAUUACAAGAAGUGUUUUAACGAUCUAUGGAUAUAAAUUCUGUAGUAUUUUCGUUACUCGAUUCUUUAAAACUUACAUGUUUUCCGUUUAAUCUAGUCCCGUUUGAAGUUUGGAAAUUUUACCAAGAUAAUCAAUUUAUUUUUGAGUUAAAAUGAUAAAUCUUUCCUUAAUCUGAAAUUAAUACUCAUCAUCCAUCCACCUUAUGUUCUUAUAAAUGAUAGGAAGAAUGCAAAAUAGAAUAAAUAAAAAAUAUUUCCACAAGAUCAUAUUACGCUUCUUAUAAUACUCUUUCACGAAUUAAACUAUGUUUGUUUUUUGUUGAAACUAGUGUUAAGUUGAUAGAUCUGCUUGCUGAAAUUUCACGAAAUGCUACGGCUGGUCCAUACAUAGCUUCGGCGGCGUAAAUUGUAAACGUGUUUAUUUAUUAAAUACAUGGUGAUUA